CCUCCGGCCAUCCCGCCCCCCGGGGCCCGACCCUCCUUCCCCCCGUCAGUAGGUCGCGUUUAUCCCGUUAGUCAUUUUUAACGGUGAUAGCGGAAACUCACUAUUUUGAAUCAAGCUUCCAGAGCCGAGAGGCUGCGCGGUUGCUGGUAUUGAAAUUGCAAAAAGCAAAGGAGCAAGAUACAGGCUUGGUCCAGAGCUUGAAAUUUGGUGAGAGCAUUUUGAUUAUUACCCGCUUGAUGUAUUUCCAAGAGAUGUGUUAUCCAAAAGCAGAUGGUUAUGGCUGCUCAGAUCACUAUUACGAGUCUGAUACACUUUUGCAUUCGUUUCAAGUUCUGGCAAAGCUUUUGGAGUCUCCAGUUACUCAAGAUAUUAUCUGUGACGUGGGAAUGCCUGUUAUGCACAGAAAUGUUCGCUACAAUUGUCGAGUGAUCUUUUUAAACAAAAAUAUUCUUCUGAUCAGACCAAAAAUAACAUUGGCAAAUGCAGGAAACUACAGGGAACUUCGAUGGUUUACCCCAUGGAACAAAGCAAGGCAUGUGGAGGAAUAUUUUCUACCCAGGAUAGUUCAGGAAGUCACAGGACAGGAAACCGUUCCUUUUGGGGAUGCAGUGCUGGCAACCAAAGAUACCUGCCUAGGGGCAGAAAUAUGUGAAGAACUCUGGGCACCAAACAGCCCUCAUAUUGAAAUGGGACUUGAUGGGGUGGAAAUUUUCACUAAUUCUUCGGGGAGUCAUCAUGUGCUGCGGAAGGCUCACACCCGCGUGGAUUUGGUGAAUUCUGCCACAGCAAAGAAUGGUGGAAUAUAUAUUUUAGCUAACCAGAAGGGCUGUGAUGGUGAUCGUCUGUAUUAUGAUGGAUGUGCCAUGAUUUCUGUGAAUGGAGACACAGUUGCGCAAGGAUCCCAAUUUUCUCUUGAUGAUGUGGAAGUACUGGUUGCCACAUUGGAUUUAGAGGAUGUUCGAAGUUACAGAGCAGAGAUUUCAUCUCGUAACUUAGCGGCAAGUAAAGUGUGUCCCUAUCCCAGGGUAAAAGUGAAUUUCGCUCUGUCAUGUUCUGAUGAUGUAGCUGUACCUACUUGUAUGCCAAUUCAGUGGAGACAUCAUAGUCCUGAGGAGGAGAUCUGCCUUGGCCCUGCCUGUUGGCUUUGGGACUACUUAAGGCGCAGCAAGCAGGCAGGAUUUCUUCUACCUCUUAGUGGUGGAAUUGACAGCUCUGCUACAGCUUGCAUAGUAUAUUCCAUGUGUCACCAGGUUUGCCUGGCAGUCAAGAAUGGAAAUGCAGAGGUGCUGGCUGAUGCGCGUAAGAUUGUGAAUGAUGAGACCUAUGUCCCUGAGGAUCCUCGAGAAUUUUGCAGACGUAUCUUCACCACUUGCUAUAUGGCUAGUGAGAACUCCUCCCAGGAUACUUGCAACAGGGCUAAACUUCUGGCUGAGCAAAUAGGCAGCUAUCACAUCAAUCUGAACAUAGAUGUGGCUGUGAAAGCUAUCGUGGGAAUUUUCAGCAUGGUGACAGGUCGAAGUCCCCGUUUUUCUGUCUACGGAGGGAGCAGCAGAGAAAAUCUGGCACUCCAGAAUGUGCAGGCUAGAAUAAGAAUGGUCCUUGCCUAUCUGUUUGCUCAGUUGACCCUUUGGACUCGUGGGAUGCCAGGGGGACUUCUGGUGCUAGGAUCAGCCAAUGUGGAUGAAAGUCUCCGAGGAUACUUGACAAAGUAUGAUUGUUCAAGUGCUGAUAUCAAUCCAAUUGGUGGAAUCAGCAAGACUGAUCUGAAAAACUUCAUACAAUAUUGCAUUGAAAAUUUUCAGCUCACAUCCCUCAGGAGUAUCAUGUCAGCUCCUCCUACUGCAGAGUUAGAGCCCUUGGUGGAUGGACAAUUGUCUCAAACUGAUGAGGCAGAUAUGGGGAUGACGUAUGCAGAGCUCUCCGUCUAUGGCAAAUUAAGAAAAAUUGCAAAGGCUGGACCAUACAGUAUGUUCUGUAAGCUGAUUAGUAUCUGGAAGGAGAUCUGUACUCCAAGAGAGGUGGCAUCAAAGGUUAAGCAUUUCUUCAGGAUGUAUUCCAUUAAUAGACAUAAAAUGACCACUCUCACUCCUGCCUACCAUGCUGAAAACUACAGUCCAGAUGACAACCGAUUUGACUUGAGGCCUUUCCUUUAUAACACUACAUGGUCCUGGCAAUUUAGGUGUAUAGAUAAACAGGUGUUCAAUCUAGAAAGAAAGGAAGGAAUAUCUCAUGUUGAAGAUGUGGACUGAUUGCUCUUUCAUUUAAUAUGGUAAUUAAUUUGAUAAACAAAAAGUUCAAAACUAGAGUAUCCUGUGAUGAUGAGCAGUUACCCAAACAAUUGCUGAGGUGAACUUUGCAAACAGUAUUUGUAAUCAAGUCCGUUUUUUGACUGAUGACUCUCUGAUUUGUUCCCAAUACACUUGAAGCCUAGUUGGCUAAAGAGUCAUUCAUUGAAGAUUGGCUUCAACUACUUGAAUUAAUUGCCAUUAAUUGAAAAUAUUUGGACAAGCCCAUCAAUCAUAAAUAAGUGUAAAGGAAUUGUUAUUGUGAAAGUGUAUACCCGCACAGAUAUUUAGUUUAACUGGAUUAAAUGAAUAGUCUAGAUAUGAUUUUUUGAGUAGCAUGUUCAACUGAAAGCAUAAAAUUUUAUCGUUUCUGACACAUGCUGUUGAGAAAAAGAAAUCUCAUUUUACUGUGUAAUAAAGUUGUAAUUUAAUUAUGUUAA